AUGCCACUUUUCUUGGACCUCUGCUCGUGGGGCUUCAUUGAUCUGGACAUCGACCGGCACAACUUUGGACGGACACGCGACACGCGCGGCGACAGAAAAUGGCCAACUCAAAGUAGGUCGUACGAGUACGUUCGCCUCUUUGAGCAGCCCGACACGCUGCUGCCGAACACGUGGAUCGUGGUGCGCAUCGACGGCCGCGGAUUCACCAAGCUCUGCAACACGUACGGCUUCGCAAAGCCCAACGACAAGAGGGCGCUCGAUCUGAUGAAUGCCGCGGCCAAGGCCGUCAUGGCGGACCUGCCGGACAUUGUGCUGGCAUACGGCGUCAGCGACGAGUACAGCUUCGUGUUCCACAAGACGUGCCAGCUGUUUGAGCGGCGCGCCAGCAAGCUGGUGUCGACGGUGGUGUCGACGUUUACGGCCUUUUACCUGCAUCUGUGGCCGACCGUGUUCUCUGGUGGGCUGGUCGACGACGUGCCGCUGGUGGCACCGCUGCUGCCGACGUUUGACGGUCGGGCCGUCUGCUACCCGAGCGUGCAGAACCUGCGGGACUACCUCAGCUGGCGGCAAGUGGACUGUCACAUCAACAACCUCUACAACACAACCUUCUGGGCUUUGGUCCAAAAAGGCGGCAUGGACAGCGUCGAGGCAACAGAGCUUCUCAAGGGCACAUUCUCGGCCGAUAAGAACGAGAUCCUCUUCUCGCGAUUUCAGAUCAACUACAACAACGAGCCCGAGAUGUACAAAAAGGGCAGCGUCGUCUUUCGUGAUUACGAGCUGGUCGACCCUGCGAACACCAAUGCCGCGCAAACCGCCGCGGCUGCCGACAACCAGGCCGAGCCGCUGGCACUGUCCAAGUCCAAGGCGGAGACCGACAAGAAGCGGCGGGCCAAGGCGCGCAUUACGGUCGAGCACAUGGACAUUAUCAAGGACGAGUUCUGGGACCGCCGGCCGUGGCUGCUGACAGGCCAGCCGGGCACACUGCCCAAGCAAUUGUAG